AUGGCCACAACUAGACUUCUUUUCAACCUCUCUCCAUUGCUCGUGAAGUUUCACGGCGGCGGGUUCUGCGAAGGCGAGGCUGAAGCUUCGAUAAGAUCAUUUCUUUUGGAACUGGCACUCAAGCACGGUGCUGCAGUCCUUGCCCCUGACUAUCGGCUGCGCCCUGAGCACGAGAUCGAGGAUGGUCUUGAAGACACUCGUUCAUUCUGGAAAUGGGUUGAGCAGGAUGUGCUUAACGUCGUUGCCGAAUUUCUUCCGGCCCUUGAGCUGGAUUUGAAUAGUCUGCUCGUGUGGGGGGAUAGCGCUGGAGAUACUAUGCCGCCCAUACAGUACUUCUCGACAUGA